AUGGCCGCGGAGAGCUGCCACCCGCGCGGCCUGUCGUGGUUCGCCAGAUCCUGCAUCCCCGCCGACCCCGCCCGCCACACCGCCGUCCCGGUCCCCAUCCCCGCCUCGGCCCCCGACGCCGAUGUUCCCGACCCCGAGACGGAGCCCCCCAUCGCGGCGCUCCCCGACGAGCUCCUGCUCGAGAUCCUCGCCCGCGUGCCCCGCGCCUCGCUCCCGCCGCUCCCCGCCGUGUGCCGCCGCAUCGCCUCCCUCCUCGCGUCCCAGGCAUUCCUCCACCUCCGCCGCGCGCGCGGCCGCCUCCGCCCCUGCCUCCUCGCCGUCUCCUCGUCCUCCCGCGCGCUGCUCCUCCAGCUCCACGCCUCCCCCUCCUCCUGCUCGCUCGACAUCGCUGCGCUUCCCCUUCUCCUGCGGUGGGGCGACACCAAGUUCGCGGCGGCCGCCGUGGGCGCACGGAUCUACGUCGCGGGCGGGUCCGCGCGCACCGCCGCGGUCGAGGAGUACGACCCGGCCGCCGACGCGUGGCGCGUCGUCGCGGAGGCACCCCGCCGGAGGUACGGCUGCGCGGGCGCCGGCGCCGGCGGCGUGUUCUACGUCGCCGGAGGUGUCGCCGUGGGAGGACGAGGGGCGUCGGCGGCGCUGGUGGAGGCGCACGCGUGGGCUGGGUCGGUGGACGCGCUGCACGUGGCGUCGGGCGCCUGGGCGUGGGCGCGCCCGCGGGCCGUGCCCGGCGGCGGCUGCGUCGUGGGCGCGUGCGGCGCCGGGGACGGACACCUCUACGUGGUGGCCAGCCACGCGGUCGACCUCUCCUUCUGGCGGUGGCACGGCGGCGGCGGCAGGGGAUCCGGCGGCGGCGGGUGGGUGGCGCUCGAGGCGCCGCCCGUGCCCCGCGGCGCCGUGGGGCUGGGCGUGGCGGUGCGCGUGGCCAUGGCCGGCGUGGGCGCCGACCGCGUGGCGGCGGUCGUCAACGUGGCCGCCGUCAGGGGCCACGCCGCCGCCGCCGCGGCCUCGGGCGGCGCCGUGGAAGGGCUGGUGCUGGUGUACGACAUCGGCGGUGGCAGGUGGAGCCGCGCGCCCGACCUGCCGCCCGGGUUCCGGCGCGCCGCGUGCGCCGCCGUCGAGUGCUGA